UAUGAAAGAAAAGAAAAACGCAGUUGCUGAUGACGUUGCUUACGUGGUAAGACAUCGACUGAACAACCGCAUAAAGGUGAUAGCGAUACACGGUGCAAGUACAUCCGGCAAGACCACCUUUGCGAACAACCUGUACGCAUCUCUGAAGGGACAUGUUCCCACGUUCAUACUCCACAUGGACGGCUACUUCAAAUCAUUCACUGGGUCGGACGUAACAAAGUACGACUUUGAUAAUCCUGGAUCGGUUGAUUGGGACAAGGUGCACGGUGUGCUGCGCGCAAUACACGACGGAGAGAAGUUCAUACCAACGUACCAGUACUCGUUCGUGAGCAGAAAAUCAUCUGGUCCAACGAUGGUGUGCAAUAAUUCUCCAGAGGUGCUCAUAAUUGAGGGAAUAUACGCUCUGAACCUCUUCAACAAAUCGGUGUUUAAUAUAAAUGCCUUUGAUCCCUAUGACUCGUCAAAAGAGGGCUACAUGCCGAACGAGAAUGAAUAUCCUGAUUUUGGUGUGCUCAAGAUCAGGCUGAACAUCUGCAAAAAUAGGAUGGAGCAUACGAGGGUAUGCAGGGAUGUGCUUGAAAGAGACCGUGGUUACUUGGAAUCAUCGUUGCAGUUUAGCUCGCAGGUGUGGCCGGCAACGACACGGUGGGUGUAUUCCAGUGUGUUCAAAAGUAACAUUGACCUGGUGCACGGGUCGUUCAACAACAGCAACUACAAGACGCUCUUCAAAAGCAUCACCGACUGUUUAACUGGAAGCUCCUUGUACCACUCUGAGCUGGUGAACGAAUUUAAUGCGGUUGACUGUUCCAAAGAAUGUAUUAAUAAGAGUAACAGCGAUUUGACACUGUACGAUCCGCCUCUAUGAGCAAUUUGGAUCGCUUUACGGGUAUUUUAAGUAAAGAAAUGCUUAGGCAUCUUUUGCUCUCUUUAUCGUGAAGCGUGCUCGCUUGCUCUCGGCCGUGCUGGUCCGUUUGUGAACGAGCAGAUCGUUACAGUAGAUCAAACUAUUAUUUCUCCGUUUGGAGACGGAGAUUCACGGUUUGUAUCAGUUCUCGUUGUUUUAUGAUUCUUCAGCGUGAAAGAGUUUUAUUAAACCUUCC